AUGAGUGCGCCACCUACCUCCUCUGGCUCGACCAAGGUUGAUGCCGUCAUUCAAAAGGUCGCCGCCAACACCCCCGAGAAGCUGAGCGGUGUCCAACUCUACUCCAGAUUCGCCUUGGCUGGCGCUCUCUGCUGUUCUAUCACCCAUGGUGGAAUGACUCCAGUGGAUGUCGUCAAGACAAGAAUACAACUCGAUCCCGCCACAUACAACAAGGGGCUCGUUGGGGGAUUCAGACAGGUGGUUGCCAAGGAGGGCAUGGGAGCUCUGGCAACUGGUUUCGGACCAACUGCUGCUGGUUACUUCCUCCAGGGCGCACUUAAAUUCGGAGGAUAUGAGUUCUUCAAGCAAAAGUCCAUUGAUGUUCUCGGAUACGAGACUGCCUCCAACAACCGCACCGCCGUGUACUUGGUCUCUGCCGGUAUUGCAGAGUUCUUCGCCGAUGUUGCCCUCUGCCCUCUCGAGGCCACCCGUAUCCGUCUCGUCUCUGAGCCAACAUACGCCAAUGGUCUCAUUGGUGGUUUCGGAAAGAUGCUGAAGAACGAGGGUGUCGGCGCCUUCUACGCUGGUUUCGGCCCUAUCCUGUUCAAGCAGGUCCCAUACACCAUGACCAAGUUCGUCGCCUUCGAGAAGGUUAACGAAUUCGCCUGGGGCUUCUUUGACAAGAAGAACUCCUCCGAUGUAUUCCAGACCACUGUCAACCUGGGAUCCGGUCUGAUGGCUGGUUUCGCUGCUGCCAUCGUCUCGCAACCCGCUGACACCAUGUUGAGCAAAAUCAACAAGACCAAGGGUCUUCCCGGAGAGGGAACCGCCAGCCGUCUGAUCAAGAUCUACAAGGAAAUUGGCCUUAAGGGAUCUUUCGCUGGUAUCGGUGCUCGUCUGUUCAUGGUUGGAACUCUCACUGCCGGUCAAUUCGCUAUCUACGGAGACUUGAAGAAGGCAUUGGGAGCCACUGGAGGUGUCGAGAUUGCCAAGACCAACUAG